AUGCCCUUGCCAGAGGCCGGCCAAGCCCUCGUCCGGCCCAGAUCUGGCGAGGGCUUGCAUGCCCUCGCUUUGACUAAUGGGGGCGUCGAUGCCCUCACCCAGAAACAAAAGAAAAAGUGCAUCAUGAAUGCAGAAAAGUUUGAGUGUGCAUUUGACCCGCAGUUCAACGAGUCUCAUCUUUGGCCUAUUUACAUGUUCAGACCUGUUGCUUUUGGCAUUACAAAAAGAAGAGAAAAGAUGAAACUUUUGGUGCUUUGCGCUAUCUCCCUCGUUCUUGCUCUUCAUGCUGGUCUCGCAGCAUCAGAAGAAGUUGAGGACGCGAGCGAAUUCAACUACGAUCCGCGGAGCAAGAGCGGUCCGGCUAGGUGGGGAGACAUCAGGGAGGAAUGGAGGACGUGCAGCAACGGAUCGAUGCAGUCGCCAAUCGAUCUCACGAGCGAGAACGUUCAAGUGGUGGCCCAUUUGGGAAGACUGAACAGGAGCUAUGAAGCCUCCAAUGCCACGCUUAAGAACAGGGGACAUGACAUCAUGUUGAGGUGGGAAGGAGUUGCAGGAUCCAUUUAUGUGAACGGAACCCAGUAUUUGCUGAAGCAAUGCCAUUGGCACUCGCCCUCCGAGCAUGCCGUUAAUGGCAGAAGGUUCGAUCUUGAGCUACACAUGGUUCACGAAAGCCCCAAAGGCGAAGCUGCUGUGGUAGGAGUCAUGUACAAGUUGGGCCAACCCGAUACUUUCCUGUCAUCACUGACGAAAUAUAUAGAAUGGAUCGCUGGUACGCAUGAAGUCCAGAGAGCAGUCGGUAUUGUGAACCCGAACCGCAUAAAGAUUGGAUGCAAGUACUACAGAUACGAGGGCUCUCUUACGGUGCCUCCCUGCACUGAAAAUGUUACCUGGACCGUUGUUCAAGAGGUGAGAACUGUUUCAAGAGAGCAAGUGAAGUUACUGCGUGAAGCUGUUCGCGACGACUCUGAAUUCAACGCCAGGCCAUUGCAACCCACGAACAGGCGGCCAGUGCAGCUAUUUAGUCCAACCGACAGCAAAUUAGAAUGCGAGAAUCCGUGA